AACCCAAAAUAGAGCCUCUCUCCCUCCCUCUAGAUUAACUGAAUCUAUCCACACUCUCCACCACUCUACCCCUUCCAGAAAUGGCUUUCCAUAGUUCCUGUAGUUCUUGUGGUUCUAACCUCCCUGAGUUUCCACAACAAUUGAACCUAAUUCGAUCUCCACCAGUUCCCCCAACAAAACCCGUUCACACUCUUAUAUUAAGCACUAAUUGGACGGGUGUAACCACCACAACCCCGCCUAGUUUUACCUUCCCAGGUGUUAAUAUUAACCAGACAAUUUACUCUGGGAUUAGAAAUCAGGGGGAAUUGUACAAAAUAUCCACUUUCACCUUGAGGGAUUUUCUGAUGAAUCCAUUGGAGGUCCCUCAAAGUUUGUGGAACCUGUACAUGGUUGUGCCGGGUGACGAUGGUCCAAAGACUUUGAGGCCGGCUCACAUUCCAUCUCUUCAAGAUGUUGAUUCGAUGUCAAAAGUUGCUGGAAUUGUACUGCGAUGGUGGACACAAAGGUUGGCUGCUUGUUCUGUGGAUAGGCUUGUUAUACCAGCUGAACUUCAAUUCCUCUCCGACCCGGAACCAGUAUUACCUGGGAAACUUUAUCGGUUGCUCAUUACUGAAGAUUGGGUUAGGGCCCAGUAUGAAUUGAGCUGUAACAAUGUCACCUUAUUCACUUGUGCCCAUAGUGACAAAAAGGUAAACCGACAGAUUUCCCUUUCCUGUGCCUGGGGAUGGAAGAAGGGGUCUGAGAAGUUGAUGGGUGGAUUGAAAUUGCGGGACAAUGUCUAUGAGAUGUAUAGCCCUUACCUUGAGAGGUUUGUCACAAAGGACAACAUUUCAUUCGAUGCCAGGGUUGAAACUAAUAGCCUCCCAAAGUUGAAUCGGCUUAUGGUUAUCAUGUUGUGGAAUUCAAGGGGGGUUGCUCGAAGAUGGUUCAGACGGGACUUUGAUCAACUUAUGGAUGAUCACUCCCCUGAUAUCGUGGUUCUAACAGAUACGAGAGUUUCGAAACGGAAUGCUGAAGAAAUCCUGAUGGAUAUACCCGAAUUCGAUUCGGUCAGCGUAGUCGAGGCUUUGGGAUUUAGUGGUGGGAUUGCGAUCCUAUGGAAUUCUUUGCAUUACACGUUCAUCAGAAUUGGCAAGGAACAGAGAGCCCUCCAUGGUGUUAUUCAAGGUGCUGAGAGCUACGACUAGUAUGCCUUCGUCAACGUAGAGGUUUGCGAAAGGUGGAUUACUGGAAUUAGUUGAACCCGUGUGCAUAUUGACCAAGGAAUGAUGUUCUAUUUAAUUUUCAUGCUUUUGUUCGAACAUAUCAUUGUUAUGCCGUCAAGUUCAAUUAAUUAUGGGAAGAAUUGUUUAUAACUUCAAUUUCUGGUUUUGUGAUCGGUCAGUGUAAACAUUUUGGUAUGAAAUCUUUCUUAUUGAGUUAUUUUGCAAAUAGUCAAAUUGGUGCUUUUCUA